UGGAAAUUGAAAUAUUUCAUGACAUUUAAGAGUUAUUUCAAAGUGUCAAAUUGACUUUUCCUUUCUUUUCCGGUAGCCGUAACAAUAAAGUAUACAAAAUGUUUAUGCCGAAAUCGCAUCGUGCUGCUAUAUAUGAAUACCUUUUCAAAGAAGGAGUCAUUGUUGCAAAAAAGGAUUUCCAUGCACCAAAACAUCCAGAUCUAGUAAAUAUUCCAAAUCUACAUGUUAUUAAGACUCUGCAAUCAUUGCAUUCUAGAGGUUUAGUCCAAGAACAAUUCGCUUGGCGUCAUUAUUAUUGGCAUUUAACUAAUGAUGGCAUUCAAUAUUUGAGAACGUAUUUACAUCUUCCACCAGAAAUUGUACCAGCAACACUUAAAAGACCUCAAAGGUCCGAAACUUCUAGACCUAGACCAACAGCUGCCCCAAGAUCAGAUUCAACUAAAACAGGGGAAGAUAGAUCACAAUAUAGACGAGCUCCUGCUGGCGGAGAUAAAAAAGGAGAUGUGGGUGCUGGUACCGGUGACGUUGAAUUCCGCGGGGGUUUCGGUAGAGGUGCCAGACCACAAUAAGUUUUAUAUGUAAAAAAACUUCUAAAAAUAUAUUUAAAGUGAAAUUUAAAACUG